AUGAUUUAUACUGUAGUUAAUAGAAGGAGAUCAUCAUUAUUACGAUCAUCAACAGCAUCAACAGCAUCAACAUCAUCAUCGCCAUCAUCAUUAUUAUUAUUAUCAUUAUGCGUUUUUAUAUUUCUCCUUUUCUUAUAUAACUUUGACUGUGCGUGUGAAGCUAAAUGGAGCAUAAGAGAAAAUGUGUACUUAAUUAUUAAUUGUUCAGGUAGAAGAAAAAAUAGAGGGUAUUUUAAAAAAAAAGACUACUUGAAAAGUAGACAGGAUAAAAGUUAUAACGUGCAAAAAAAAUAUAAUAAUAAGGAUAAUGAUAGUAAUGAUAGUGAUAAUAAAUACAAUAACGUAGUUAAAAAGGAAGCUUUCGCUCUUUUUUACAUUAAAUAUUUUAAAUUAUCCUUAUUAUUAUAUAAUAAGGGGAAAAAAAGGGAAAAAGGAAAACGUUACACAAUUAACUCCUACAAUAGUUCGUAUUAUAUUGACAAUGGAACAAACUUGAACGAAGCAAAAAUAGGUGAUAAGAAUAACACACAAUGGGGUAUUGAACCACAUGGAAGUCUAAGCAGAUGGGAAAAAGACGACAAUAAUAACACGAUUAAUAAAAGCAGUGCAAAAGAAAUGCAGGCGUGUAUGGAAGACGUUAAUAAGGGUGAUAUAAUAACAAAUAUGACAAAUAUGACAAAUACAGCAAAUACAGCAAAUACAAUAAAAGUAGAGCAAAAAAAUAUCAGAAAUUUUUGCAUACUGGCACACAUUGAUAGUGGAAAGUCAACCCUAGCUGACAGAUUUUUAGAAUUAACGAAUACCAUAAAAAAGAAAAGGAUGCAAGAUCAAUAUUUAGAUAUGAUGUCGUUAGAAAGGGAAAAGGGUAUAACAAUUAAAUUGAAGGCAGUAAGGAUGAGUUACCAUAAUUAUAUUUUCAAUUUAAUUGAUACCCCAGGACAUUUUGAUUUUUAUCAUGAAGUUAAGAGAUCGUUAAAUGUAUGUGAAGGAGCUAUUCUGUUAAUUGAUGGAAAUAAAGGUAUUCAGUCACAAACUCUUAACAUCUUUUUAGAAUUAAAAAAACAUAAUAUAAAAAUAAUUCCUGUUAUAAAUAAAAUAGAUUUAAACACAUGCAUGUAUGAUAAAAUAAAAGAUGAUUUAAUAAAAAAGUUUUAUUUCAAAAAUGAGGAAAUUUUAAAAAUUUCAGCGAAAUUUGGUUACCAUGUAAAAGAUUUAUUUCAAAAAAUAAUAACAGAUAUUCCAUAUCCUACUAUUAAUUCUAAUAGUUUUUUUAGGGGAAUUGUUUUUGACUCAUUUUUUGAUAAAUAUAAAGGAGUAGUAUUAAUUAUCAAAGUUCUAAAUGGAAAUUUAAAAAAAAAAACAGAAAUAUUUUGUAUAAAUAGUGAAAAGUCUUAUAUUAUUCAAGAAGUUGGUUACCUUGUACCCGAGAUGAAACAGACUCAAGAAAUAAAACAAGGAGAUAUUGCAUACCUUUGCUCUAAUAUAAGAAAUUGUAAUGAUAUUCAAAUUAGCGAAACGAUAAUUAAUAAGGACAUAGUAAAACUGAAAGGACAAAAAAAGACAUUUGUGGUAAAUUCGAAAAUAUUAAACAUUGGAAAUUUAUAUGCUAAUGUAAAAAAGGAGGAUACACUUUUGCGCUGUUCUGAUGAGAAUUAUUCAAAUGAAAAUAGCUCCUCCUGUAAAUUGGUUACACAAAAGUUUAAUGAUGAUGAGGGGGAAGUGAAAAAGAUCGACUUGAAUAAUUGGUGUAAUAAAAGCUUGAGUGAUGAGAAGCAAAAGAUAUUUGAAAAUGGGGUACAAAAGAAUAAUGUGUGCGUAACUACCCUUGAUGAGGAUCGAACGUGUACUGAGGAGACGAUAAAAGAUGGACCCUCGAAAAAAUUGGAUGAUUUUAAAGAAGAAAAGGAAAUAAAUAUAAAACAAAUUGCAGCAACAAAAGUAGACGUUUCCUACCCAUCCGUAUACUGUAAUAUAUACAGUGUUAAUGAUAAAAAAUCGAAUGAAUUGCAUAUGGCUUUGAACAAGUUAAAACUGAAUGAUUCUUCCUUUUCUUUUAAAAUUGACAUCUGUGAAACUUUAGGAAAGGGCUUUAAAUGUGGUUUUAAUGGCUUACUGCAUUUAAACAUAAUACAAGAGAGGAUUAAAAGAGAGUAUAACAUAGAAACUAUUGUUACAGCUCCCUCCGUGAAUUACUUAGUGAGAGUGAAGGAAAAAUACAUUGACAAAAGGUUAAAACAAAAACUGAUAGAGAAAAAUUUUGACAUAAGUAACGUUCAUAUAGACACAAGGAGGGGGGGUAACGGCACAAAGGGGAUGGAUAGUGGCAAUGAAGAGAUGAACAGAGGCGAGGUAGAGAUGGAUAGUGGCGAAGAAGAGAUGAACAGAGGCGAGGUAGAGAUGGAUAGUGGCGAAGAAGAGAUGAACAGAGGCGAGGUAGAGAUGGAUAGUGGCGAGGAAGAGAUGAACAGAGGAGAGGUAGAGAUGGACGGAUGCGAAGAUGAAGAUGUGGAUAGUACCCUAAAAUGCGUGAGUGGUGAUGGAAAAAAUGAUUUUUCCGAAGGGCUCUUUUUCAUGACGAGCAACGUGAAUGACAUUCCUCAAAGGAAUUAUGUGAAAUGCAUUUAUGAACCGUAUGUAAAAACUAAUAUCAUUGCACCGGUGGAGUACCAGAAACAUAUAUUAAGAGAAUGCUUUAAUAGAAGGGGUAUUUUUAUUAAAAAAGAUAUUGUUAAUGAUCAAAUAAUAUUUUUUUUCGAGAUGCCCUUAUCUGAAAUUCUUAUUAACUUUAUAGAUGAUAUUAAAUCACAGACCAAAGGAUAUGGAUCAAUGAGUUACGAAAAUUAUGUUAUAUAUAAAGAAAGCGAUUUAUACAAAAUUAAUAUUUACAUAAAUCAUAAAUGUAUUGAUUCUUUAUCAUUCAUAUCCCAUAAACUUAACUAUUAUGAAAAAGCAAGAAACAUUGUUUUAAAAUUAAAAAAUUUAAUCAAUCCUCAUCAAUUUCUUAUUGUUAUUCAAGCAGCAGUUGGGACUAAGGUUUUUGUUUCAGAAAAAAUAAAACCACUAAAGAAAAAUGUUACAGCGAAAUGUUAUGGGGGUGAUAUUACAAGAAGGAGGAAGUUAAUAGAAAAACAAAAUGAAGGGAAGAAAAAAAUGUUUAACAUAGGAAAGGUAAAAUUAUCUCCAAAUAUAUUUACCAAAUUGUUUGAUUUGAAAGGCAACUGA